AUGGCAACCCCAACAACUCACAUUGCUUCAUCAAGCACAACAUCAACCGCGCUACCAAGCUGCACCACAGCCGUUCCCGGAAAAUAUGGCGAGGUGCCCAUAACAGCCUGCAACUCAUCCUACAAUGCCAUUCCCGAAUUCAUUCCCGCAGUGGUGGUCUCUGCACUGUUUGGAACACUUACCUUGAUUCACAUUAUCGAAGCAUUUGUUUUCAAAAAGGGUUAUACCUGGGUCUUGCUCAUGGGUGCCGCCUGGGAAACAACCGCCUUCAUCUUUCACGCCCUCGGCGCGCACAACCAACAAAACGAUGCCUUUGCCAUAGUAUGGCAGAUCCUCUUCCUGCUCGCGCCCCUCUGGAUCAACGCCUUCGUGUACAUGACCUUUGCACGCAUGGUACACUUCUUCAUGCCCGACAGAAAGGUAUACUUUGUCAAGGCCUCUCACGUCUCGAAAAUCUUCGUCUGGGCAGAUAUUCUAUCGUUUAUCGUCCAGGCUGUGGGCGGUGUCAUGGUCACGCCUAGUGCUUCGGCGUCUACCCAGCAACUUGGCAUGCACAUUUAUGAGGGAGGGAUAGGGCUGCAGGAGUUUUUUAUUCUUUGCUUUUUGGGGUUGAUGAUUGCGUUUCACGUUCGUGUUCGGAAAUUGGGUCAGGUUCAGUCUAAACCCAGAGGUGCUUUCUGGUUGCUCUAUGCACUCUACGCGGUGCUAGCAUUCAUCACAAUGCGCAUCAUUUUCCGCCUCGUCGAAUUCACUGGCGGCAUCGACCCCUCGACCAACCCAAUACCGUUCCACGAAUACUACUUCUACACACUCGACGCGUUCCCGAUGAUGACGGCACUGCUUAUGCUGGCUGUGGUCCAUCCGGGACGGUUCAUCACGGGACCGAAUAGCAGCCUUCGAGACGCCACAAGGGAAGAGAGGAAGAUUAGGAAGGCGGAGAAGAAGGCGUUGAAGGAGCAGAAGAGAUUGGAUAAGGAGGCGAAGAAGAAGGGCGCUUAUGGGCAAGUAGAGGAUGCGUAA